CUUAACUAAGGUACCUAACCAUCCACUUGCCCAAGCUACUUCUCACAGGUAAACCCCUUAGACAUCAAUCAAAAUAGGCUGUGUGAAUAGAAAGAAAAGAGUCUUGUUGUUUUUGAGAACUCGUACUUGGAAUUCACAAUGUCUGGCCCUGGCUACGAUGCCGUCGUCGACAUUGACGACGAGGGCGACCUAGGUCAUACAGAUCUUCAAGACGAUCUCGAAUUCCAUAACUCAACCUUUUCAGAGACGACACCAGGUGCGCGGAAGCCAGGUGCGGCGGGCGGUGCUGGGUCUUCUGGCCUGCCAUUACCAGCGACAGCCUCGACAGUCUCGGGCAAACGAUAUCUUUGGACCGUUUCCUACUAUGCGCAGUUCUUCGACGUAGACACAUCGGCCGUGCUGAGCCGCUGCUGGGCGGCUCUAUACCCGCGUGCCAACUUUCUUGAUGUGCUCGAGGGGAACCCAGACUUGUAUGGGCCCUUCUGGAUCGCCACGACAGUCGUCUUUAUUCUUUUCAUCGGUGGCACCAUAAGUCAAUACCUCGCCACGAGGGGAACGACGGACGCUUUCGUAUACGACUUUACAUUGCUCAGUGGUGCUGCUGGUCUGAUCUACGGUUACACACUCUUCCUGCCUAUCGUGCUUUUCCUUGCACUGCGCUACUUUGGAUCCGAGUCGGCCAACCUGCUCGAAUGCUGGGCUCUGUACGGAUACGCAAACCUCAUCUGGAUCCCAGUGGCCCUGAUAAGCUGGUCGCAGAUCGACAUAUUAAACUUUGUUUUUGUGGCUGUGGGCUUCGGCUACUCUGUCGCCUUCCUGCUCCGAAACCUUUACCCUGUUCUGAGCGCCACAGAUCGUCAAACCAGCAAGAUUCUGCUGGUUGUGGUGGUGGCAUUGCACUUUGCGCUAGCUGUCACGAUCAAAAUCUUGUUCUUUGCGCAUCACAGUCCCGUGGCAAAGGGGGAUGGAAAGACGCAGACUUGAGGGAGUCGGAAUUGAACAACUCUCCAGAAAGUGUCGGCGAUCGAAGGUUUUCCGGUUUUGUGUUUGUAUCUUUAGCUAGAGCCAACAAACGGAUCGCGUUGCAUUUCAACCUUUUGACACAUGAUAAUCA